GCUGGCUAUGGCUAUCCAACACUGGAACUCUUCCAAGUCAAGGGAGUUCCAGUGGCUCACCCACCUGCCAUUCACUGGGCGUCUUGACAGUGCCACCCAGCACCAGAUGGCAGUGCCCCGGUGUUAAGUGAGGGAUGACAUGGGCCAGCAGGCCUGGGCACAGAGGGUCAACAGCAUCUUCAUUGGAGGUCUAAGCAAACCUAACAGUGGACAGCGUCUACGCAGGAAGUGCCAUAGCCAGCUCGGCGGGAGGUGGCACAAGCGUCACCUGACCUACCGGGUGGUGAACUGGCCUGGCCACCCCUCUCUGGGUCAGGUGGCCCUAGCCGUACGAAAGGCUUUUCAGCUGUGGAGCAACGUGUUGGACCUGACCUUCAAAGAGGUCACCCAGGGGUCAGCUGACAUCCAGCUGGCCUUCUACGAGGGGGAGCACAACGACGGCAUGGGCAAUGCCUUUGAUGGUCCAGGAGGCGCCCUAGCGCAUGCCUUCUUCCCUGGCCGAGGGGAGGCUCACUUUGACAUGGCAGAGAGCUGGACACUGAACGGCUGCAAGGGUCACAACCUGUUCAUGGUGAUUGCCCACAAGGUGGGCCACACACUGGGCCUGGAUUACUCUCCUGUGCGUCAUGCUCUCAUGUCCCCCUACUACAAGAAGCUGGGGAAAGCUUUAUGGUGCGUAGGCAUAAUCCACACUGAGAGAGGAACAAGCCAUUAAAACAUUUAUUGGAAUUUGAUUUUGAACCAGUCACUUUACAUGCCCAAAAAUUAGAGUAGAAGAGAGAACAUGUGGAGGUAAUAAUCAGUGGUCAGGUAGAGGAGGAAACAAGAUUACAUGAGGGAGUGAAGAUGAUAAAAUGACUUUGAGACCUUAUAUUGAACUUAGUCCACAAAUAUGACUAGAGAUUGGAUCAGCAUCUGUUUGUUUAACCCUUUACCAUCUGCUGUGCUAUCAUUCACCAUGACAUCAUAGUGUCCAAUCACUCUGUCAUACAGUAUACGAAGCAUCAAUUGGAAAAAGCUAAAGGACAGUUUAUUUUCAUAUUAAGUGUGGCUAAAGCCAUCCCAUUUAUUACAGGGAAAAGUGCUGUACUUUACUACAUUCCUGAAGAAAAUGUACUUCUUGCACCAUARAUUUUCCCUGUCACACAAAAGUACU